GGGGGUCUAUAGGUCAUGUGACGCGGGGCCUCCAGACUUUGCCCCCUGCAGGAAGACAGACAAGAUGGCGGUUGCUCUCGGCGGGUGGGACAGCAUGCUGCUGCUGAAGCUGAACCUGGUGUGGUUCACCCUCCACACCUCCCACAGCGCCUCAGUACUGCGUAGCGGCCCGAGGGCCCAUGGGUUCCUGGGCAGGCUGCGGCGGUCCAACGCGGGCUGGUUCGAGGAGCUGCAGAGAGGGGACCUGGAGCGCGAGUGCCUGGAGGAGCGCUGCUCCUACGAGGAGGCGCGGGAGGUGUUCGAGUUCACCAAGACCACCGAUGAGUUUUGGAGUCGAUACAACACUGUGGAUGUGUGUGCGUCCGGGCCGUGCCUGAAUGGAGGGAGCUGUUCGGCACACGGAUCGUCCUUCAUCUGCUACUGCCAGCCGCGCUUCAGCGGAGCCCACUGCCAGCUGAAGCUCUUCGACGUCCCAGAAGACUGUCUCCUUGACAACGGCAGAUGCGAGCACUUCUGCGAGGACACUGGAGGAAGCAGGACGUGUUCAUGCGCCAAGGGCUACUUCCUGUCCGCGGAUGGGAGGAGCUGCCUGACCAGGGAACCCUUUGCCUGUGGGACUGUUCCUGUUCUGGGAAACCAAUCAAACGCUCUGGAUCCACGUGCACGCAUAGUAGGAGGAAGUGAAUGUCCGAAAGGAGAGUGUCCCUGGCAGGUCCUGCUGAAGACCAGGGGGAAGGGGUUCUGUGGGGGGAUUCUUAUCAGUCCUCGCUGGGUGCUGACGGCGUCACACUGCCUGGAGGACAUCCAGGCCCAGAACCUGCAGGUGGUGGCAGGGGAACACGACACGGUGGUGGAGGAGGGCACGGAGCAGGUUCUCCAGGUGUCCCGGCUGCUGAUGCACGAGGCGUACGUCCCCCUGACGGCCGACAGCGACGUGGCGUUGCUGCGGCUGGCGGCCCCGGUGCGCCUGUCGCCCUACGCGCUGCCCGUCUGUCUGCCCACGCGGCGGCUGGCGGAGCGGCAGCUGUGGGCGGUGGGCCGCCACACGGUGAGCGGCUGGGGCCGGCGCGGGGAGAACGGGCCCACCUCCCGCCUCCUGCUGAGGGCCCGGGUGCCCCGGAUCCGCACGCGGGACUGCGAGGAGCGCAGCGGCGUGCGCAUCACCGCCAACAUGUUCUGCGCCGGCUUCCUGGACGGGACGCAGGACUCGUGCAAGGGGGACAGCGGGGGUCCGCUGGUGACGCAGUACCGCAGCACCGCCUUCCUGCUGGGCAUCGUGAGCUGGGGCAAGGGCUGCGCCCGGCCGGGCAACUACGGCAUCUACACCCGCGUCUCCAACUACCUGGACUGGAUCCACGCCCACACGCAGGAGGUGGACGGGAACCCCACCCGCACGCAGGAGGUGGACGGGAACCCCACCCGCACGCAGGAGGUGGACGGGAACCCCACCCGCACGCAGGAGGUGGACCGGAACCCCACCCGCACACAGGAAGUGGACGGGAUCCACACCAGCACGCAGGAAGUGGACGGGAACCACACCCGCACGCAGGAAGUGGACGGGAAGCACUCCGCACACCCUGUCCCGCCCUCUGAGCAGCCCCUGUCCUAACGUCUGGUCACCUCCUGUCCUGACAUCCGAUCACUUCCUGUCCUGACGUCUGCUCACUACCUGUCUCGAUCGACUGCAGAAAUAAAAAAAUAUAAUAAAAGGAGAA